ACAGGUGUACACAUGAACGCGCUCCUGUCAACAAGCCGAGUCGUUGAGAUGGGAAGUCAGGCAGCUGUAGCUUCAGUCAUCAUUUUAUCAUAAUGACACUUCUUUUUGACACGCAGAGCUGUCCGAAAAUACAGUAAUACUACACGGAGAGUGUUUAUUUCGUCAGUCAGUGUUUUGCCGUGGGUGAAGAUGGCGCAAGCGUUAUCUGAGGAGGAGUUUCAUCGUAUGCAGGCUCAGCUCUUGGAGUUGAGAACGCAAAACUACCAGUUAUCUGAUGAGCUGCGGAAAAAUACAGCGGAGCUCAACAGUGUUCGUCAGAAGAUCUUGACCUUGGAGAAAGACUAUGUCAAAGCACAGAAGGCAUUGAAUAAAAGCAAGAAAGCACAGGAGGUGGAUGCCUUACUCAGUGAGAACAAGAUGCUUCAGGGCAAGUUACACAGUCAGGAAGAUGAUUUUAGACUGCAAAACAGCACCCUUAUGCAAGAGCUGUCCAAGUUAUGUUCCCAGAUCGAGCAGUUAGAGUUCGAAAAUCGAGGAUUUAGGGAGUGUCAAGGUCUGGAAAGACCCGUCUCUAGCCCCACCUCUGCUCCAGUGGAUGCUGAGCUCCUGCGGCUCCAGGCUGAAAACUCUGCCCUGCAGAAGAAAUUAACAGCUCUUCAAGAACGCUCGGAUGUCGUCAUCGAGGGAGCGGCCAACACUAACGGUGUCCAAUCAGAUGCCAGCGGUCACGGUGAGGACUCCGCUGUCCCAGGAAGUGAUGAACCAGACCAGGCUGAAGUGCAGAACGUGAAAGCAGAACAGCGAGAUAAUGAUCGGAGCGAGGUGGAGUUGAAGCUCCAAACAGAGAUGGAGGAGAAAUGCUUACUGAGAGAGCAGCUCCAAACACUGGAGACAACUAAGCAGACAGAAAUGGCAAAACUACAAGAAGAAAAUGCUAAAUUGACUGACAAAUUGAAGAAAAAACAAGAGAGUUUUCAGCGGCUACAGGUUGAAAAGGAAGCACUUUACAAUGACAGCAGGACUAAAAUUGAUGAGAUCCAGCAGAGGAAAGAGGAGGAGCUGAAAUCCAUAAACCUUCGCGUGCAGAAACUGCAGGCAGAUUUAAUUGCCGCCAACCAGAAUGUCGCUGAGCUGAAGGAACAGUUGCAGAGUAAACAGAAAGAGCAUGAGAUGGCCAUCCACUCGCUCAAAGAUCAGGUAGCAUGUCAGAGCGCGGUCAGUCAGGAGCAGGUGGAGGGUAUGCUGAGUGAGAAUGAUGCUCUCAGGACAAAUCUGGCGGCUCUAGAACAGAUCCAAACUGCGAAGACUCAGGAACUGAAUUUGCUGAGAGAGCAAAACAUGGCACUUAACAGCGAGCUUCAGCAGAGACGCACUGAGCAGGAGAGCUUCCUGGCACAAAGAGAUGAUCUGAACUCGCAGCUACAGGAGUCAAACCGAGCAAACAGUCGACUCCUAGAGCAACUCACUGAAGUGGGACUAGAUAAAGACAAAUUACAGCAGGAGUUAGAAGAAGCCAGAAAGACUGCAGAUAAGCGUAAGGUCAUGUUGGAUGAACUGGCCAUCGAGACGGCUCAGGAGAAGUCUCGACACAAAGAGGAGCUCAGCGAUGUGCGUCUCCAGCACGAGAAGGAGGUGCUGAGCAUCAGGGGGCGCUACGAGAAGGAGCUCCGCGGCCUCCACGAGGACAAGAACCGGACGGAAGAAGAGCUCCGCUCACAGCUGCGAGAUGAGAGGGCACGUAACAAAGAGCUGGAGGGCCUUCAGCCGUACGUGGAGGAGCUAAAAGCUCAGGUUCAGUCGAUGGAGGGAACGAAGGGCUGGUUUGAACGCAGACUGAAGGAAACGGAGGAGACCAUGGAGAAGAAAGUUCUGGAGCACGCAGAGGAGAUUCAGAGACUGCAGAGAGAACACACAGUUCAGCUGGAGGCUAAAGCUGCAGAGGUGGAUGCAGUCAAACAGCAAGUGACGGAGAUGGAGAAGGAAAGAGAAGAUCUCAAGAACACAAUCAGCAAAUUGAAACAGGAAAUGAAAGACGUAGUGGAUGGACAGAGAAUCCUGGAGAAAAAAGGCAGUUCGGCGCUUAAGGACUUGAAAAGGCAACUUCAUUUGGAGAGAAAGCGAGCAGAUAAACUUCAGGAGCGCCUGCAGGAGAUUCUAACCAACACUAAGACCCGCACAGGUCUGGAGGAGCUGGUGUUGUCAGAAAUCAGUUCCCCGAGCCGUACGCAGCAGACCGGUGACAGCAGCAGUAUUUCCUCCUUCAGCUACAGGGAGAUCAUGAAAGAAGGAGCGUCGGCACCCAGCACCAAUAAGUCUAAUACCAGCAGUCCUCAAUCUCAACGACCUGCUGAUCUUUCAGACGACGAGGUCAGCGAGCUCUUCCAGAGACUCGCGGAGGUCCAGCAGGAGAAAUGGAUGCUGGAGGAGAAGGUGAAGCACUUGGAGGUCAGCUGUGCCUCAAUGGCCGAUGACAUCUGCAAAAAGAGCGCCAUCAUCGAGACGUACGUCAUGGACAGCCGGAGAGAUGUGUCAGGUGGAGUUGGAGUGGCUCAUGGUGCUCAGGGAGAGCGUGGAGGUUUGAGCUCCGUGUUGAGGGACCUGGUGAAACCCGGAGACGAGAACCUGCGUGAGAUGAACAAAAAACUGCAGAACAUGCUGGAAGAGCAACUGACCAAGAACAUGCAUCUCCAGAAGGAUCUGGAGGUUUUGUCUCAGGAGAUCUUUCAUCUGAGUAAAGACGGCACCCCUGGGGAAAGCUCCAAAGCCACGGGUUAAACCGGACGCCGUCCGUCCGUCCCAUGAUUCAGUAGCCUCCUGUCUCUCACUCUUUCUCAUCUCUUCACGGUUACCCGGAGGAAGAACGCCCAUCUUUCACAAGACUUGACCUCCAGAAUCUCAGAUGCCAGGAGCACCGAGGCUCCGAACAGAUCGUGUUCAUCUGAGAUUUACAUACUACUGAAUGUAAUGUAACACUUUAUAUGUUUGUUUGUGACUGGAAAGAACUGGUGACACGGGGGGGUGCGGUGCCGUCCCCGGCUGCUUGAUACGUGUGAUUGGACAGGGGCGUGGCCUCGUGGUCCGGACGGACCUCUCCACUAAUAUCCCCAUUGCGGAGAUUGUCUAAUGUGUAACGGUUCAGCGUGCGCUUUCUGCCGUCACUGUAAUGCCUGUUUUGUCUAUUUGUUUUUGCUGAAGAAGCUUAUUUUGUGAUGUUGAAUGUGUGUGUGUGUGGGGCAAAGAACAGAUCCGAUCAUCCAAAUUGUAUUUAUUCAUGCCAGAAAAUCCAGCAUAGCGUGUGUAUCUUUGCCGCGGCGCGUGACGUUUCUUUGACAUGUUUUGUGGGCUUCGUUAUAUCAAUACAGUACAUUCAGAAAGUUUUCUGAAUGAAUUAGUUUUGUGGUGGCUCUCGAAAAGUUCCCGUGAAGCAAAACGGCUCCCUGAACUUCCCUCAUCGAGCAGCUAUAUCUGCUCAUUCAAUCUGACAUCUCCGCGUCCAUCUUACAACCGUCAUCGCUGCUGAGGAAGUCAGCCCGCUCGACCCAAGUGAGAAAACAGUACGCCUGUAUGCAUGGCGCCCCUGUCGUUUUGGGAAUGUCAUCAUUCCGUUUUUACGUUUUCAGCUAUGUAAGCAUUUUAAAUUCUGACACAGAAUGAUACCGGUGUUUUAUUUUGAGAUCGUCGCAUCAUUUAAUGAAAGGGACGCUACAGUCCAAAUGCAACCGUGCACGGAGAUUAUUAAAAACAUUUGAAGAACGUCUCGCGUGACUGCUUGCACUGAAGUCAAGCACUUUUGUGGCUCGACUUUUCGAAUCGUCAACCAGCGCACAAUGGACCUCGGUCAGCGUAGCCACUACAGUACAUUCAAUUUGAUGUAAAUGAAGCUAAAGUUGAAUAAGGAUGGACGUCUUGUUACCUUGGUGUUGAUCUUAAGCAUCACAAGAUAUUAAAUAAAUAUGAAUAAAAUGAACAUUAAAAACAACGGAUGGAGUUGAGCAAAGAUCUGAAAUGAACCAUUGAACGGGCUAAAUCUGUCUUUCACACACUUGUUUUAUUUAUAUCAAAUGAAAUAAGCUGUCUACCCUCAGUUAGGUUUUCUGAUAUUUUAGAUGCGAUGAAUAAUGACCAAACAGCUAUGAGAAGUGAUUGUUAGUUUAGUCGGUUAGUAUAGUUGCUGAUAUUUCUUACAUGCAGUAGAUGCCACGUCCACCUCAUCAACGCUUCUGUAUUCAUUUAGAGAAAUCCAUGUAAUCGUUUUGAGGUUUUAUGAUUCGUGAGAUGCAAGCAGAUCUCAUUGUGUUUAUUUCAGACCCGUGUUAAGUUAAUGCAAUGCUUUAAACUUUAAGGCAACGGUUAAUGGGAUUGUGAACCUAUGUGUGUAAUAUGCUUCCAAAGGAAAUCCUGACUGAAUGUUUUUCUUUAGUUUUCCCGUCGAUCGCACACCUCACAUGAUUUCUGUCAUUCACAGGUGGGAAAACUGUGUUGUUUUAUUAUCGCUGUUGAGGAAACUGACAUUCCAUUAUCCCGCUCACACGGGAUGAAGGAUGUUUGCCUUAGCUCAGAUUAUUUCUUUUUUGCCUUCCUAGUCUUUAAUAAUAAUAUCUGCCAAAUUGAGCUUUUCUUUAAUCAGGAUCAUCACUAAUAAAAAUAAACGAUAAUAUUAAUCCCAGAUCAACCACUACCUGCUCUAGAAUUCAUAUUUAUUUCUGUGCAUUUGUCAUGUUGGGUAAUGAGACUUUCCUAACUUGCAGUGAUAAUAAAGAAUGGCUGGAAAACCUUCA